UUUUCAAAAAGGAUAAACAAACAACUUUUAAGCCAAAUAAUUGUCGAGUAUCCAGCCAUGGCAGAUGAGAGUGAAGUACUAGACAAUGAAUUUGAUGGAUUCUUGGCUGAAAUGAAGCCUUAUAUGCUCAAGCUGCCUAAUAAGUUAGAGAGACAACGAUGUGCUUUGUGGAUCAAGAAACUUUGUGAAGCUCCAGGCCAUGGGGUUGUAGGAAGGAAAAAUCGUAAUAUGUACAGCAAGCUACUUCUCCAUAUGCUGAAGAAAUCCUCACUUGAAGGACCAUUUAGCAGUCGACCAGACCCUGGCCCUUUGCCUACUCUCCCAUCAUACACAUCCAUCUAUUUUGAUGAGCCUUCUCAAUACAAAGCAUUGAGGCAAGAUGACAUAGGAGUACAUUCCCUACCAGACUGGGUUAGUGGAGAGCUAUGGUCAGCUCGUGAUCCAUCGGUCAAGUCGAAGGUCACAUCGACUAAUGUCUUGCAGGAACACCAUUCAAAUGCUGACACAAGGCAACAUCAGCGUAAACUAGGCAAUGAAGGGCGAGGUGAUGUCCCAUCCUCUACAUACCAAUCACAUCUUGAGGCAGCAAGGGUAGAGGUUCGUAACAGACACAAAGUAUCUUUCACAUAUUCAUCAGAUGAAGAAGAGGAUCUUAAUCCAAGGAGGAAAGAAGCAAAAUCAUCUGAUAAUAAGGUUCCUCCUACAAACCAAAGAUCAUCUGUGUUUGAUUGGCCCAAAUUGGAACUCAGUCCAGUGGCUACAAGAACCAAUCAGAUCACAAUCAAUGGAAGACCAAAUAUGACAUCAACAAUGUUUAAUGAUGUUGCCAUGGAAACCAGACAAGAGAAGCAGCAUCUUGAGAUGAGAACUAAGCUUCUGGAAGCAAAAUUUCAUGAAGAGAAACUUCUCAUCCAACAGAGACAUGAUGAAGCUAUCCAGAAGAUCCUUGACAGGAAGAAUACAGAAAUGGAAGAGAUGAAGCUUCAUUACAGAACAAAAGUUUCAAACUUGGAAGAGACUAACUCUAAGUUAGAAAAGAAAUUACAAACACUUAGCAAGGAGUUCAGCCAUGCGAAGGAGAGUAGAGAUAAACAAAUCACUGAACUAAGAAAGAUGGUGGAACAUAGCAGUCAAACAACUAUUAAUGAUUAUGAAAAGAGGCUUCAUGAUGCAGUAGCAGACUUUGAACAGGAGAAGUUUGAUAUGCAGAAGAAACAAACCAGUGCUAUCCAAGACAUUUUAGAAGAUACCAAUAUUAAACUACAGAAGAUGGAGAUGGAUUAUAAUACACAGGUUGAGAGUCAUGCUGAAGUGAUCAGAGAGCUGGAGGGUAAGCUACAUCAACUAGGUCUAGAAAUGACCAAUCAGCAAUCAGGACAGCAACGCAUCACAGAGGAGAAAUCAAACCUAGAAAGACAAGCACAACUUCUAAAUGUAGAGCUAGAGAAUGUUUCUCAGAGGUACAUAGCUUUGCAGAAAGACUUUGACAUGAAGAAGGUUGACUAUGAGAGAGAACUGAAAAGUUUGAGAGGGAAAUCUGAAGCCAGAGUUGAUUUCUUGAAAGAGGAGCAUGCUUCUACUCUUGCAAAGAUAACUGAAAGUAAUAAAGAUUAUGAAGAUAAAAUACAUGAAUUAAGACAGGCAUUACAGGAUAGUGAACUCAACAGACAGAGACAAGUCAGAGAGCUAGAGAGUGAACAUAAACAAGACAAACUUCAUCAGGAGCAGCUUAAUGAGAGAAAACUACAAGGGCUUCGUUCACAGAUGGGUUUGGAGAAAGAAGAUGUAGAAAGACAACUCAGACAAGCUCAAAAUAACAAUCAUGACAAAGAGGAGCAGAUAAAACGACUGAAGGAAUUACAACGACUACAAGCCAAGCAAGCUGAGAGGGCGCUAGAGGAUUUUAAGAAUCAAGUAGAAACCAAUUCAGGAAGAAUGUUUGAUGACAUGAAGACACAGAUGGCAAGAGUAGAAGCUGAUUUGACUAAGUCUAAGGAGUUAAGAGAGAAGCAAUCUAAAGAAUAUAAAAGACAGAGUGAAGAGGCAAGGAAUACACAUCAACAGCAGUUAUCUGAGCUGGAGCUAUCUCAUCAGAGGGAGAGAGCUCGGAUCCUAGAGCAGUGUCAGGAGGAGAAGGAUCGUCUCCAGGAGGAGCAGGAAGAGCUCUUGGAAACUACUAGGGAGAAUCUUGAACAAAAGAUUAGAGUAUUGGAAUCUCGAUCCCAAGAACAACAGACUAAAGAUGCUAAGAUUAUCUUUGAUCUAGAGCAGCAGCUUCGUGAUUUAAAAGAAGAGAUGUUACAGGGAGAUUCAUUAAGAAAACAACAAUUAGUUGAACUGGGUCUGCUAAGAGAAGAAGAGAGAAAUAAAAUACAAAGAGAACAUGAAGCAGAGAUGAGACAAUUAAGAUCUGAAAUGGACCAAUACAGGACAACAUUGCAGAAAGAAAACAGUACAAAUAUGGAACAAGCUAUGAGACAAACCAAUGAAAGAUUAAAGGAUAUUGAGAGAGACUACACCACCAGACUGGAACAAGCAAACAAGACUAUUAAAGAUCAUGAGGAUACUAUUCAUCAACUGAGAGAAGAAAAUCAGAUAGCUAAAUCAAACAUGGAGUUACAACUGACUGAGACAGUAUCAAAACUUGAAGAUGAAAAAGAACUUUUAAGAAAACAACAUGAAGCUUACAACAAGGCUGUUCAAAGAGAGCUUGAUGACCAAAGACAAAGGAUUAAACAACUUGAGAGAAGACUACAACAAGAAGAAUUAAAUCAUCAAGAAAAGGUUUUACAGUUACAACAUGAUUUUGAGCAGAGGAAUCGGGGACUCCUACCAGCAGCUAUUAAAGAUGAAUUAGAUGCUACCAUCUUAUCACUGAAGUCUCAAGUAAAUACUCUUCAACAAAGACUGUUAGUCAUUCAAGAAGAAAUUGAUUUAAGGAAUAGACAUAUUGCCAAAUUCUCACCAACCAGAAACUGAUGGAAAAUGAGGAGUGUGAUUAGUGAGGUCACCUGUGGGUUCUGAUUCAUCAAACUUAAUAAUUUUUGUCAAAUGAAUUUUUACAAUUGCAUUAGACACAAUGGUGAAGCUUGUGGUAUAGACACUAAAGGCUGUUUCAUAAAACUGUUUGUUAGUAAUGCACAAUCCUAGGAACAACUGAACUAUGGCAAGCCAAAAAGAGUGUCUUCAUUCCCAUUUACACCUGGAUGAAAAGAUGCAGAUGAAAAUAAAUGGAUUUGUAACAAAUGCUAGUAUCCUGAUGGCAUCUUAACUCCAGACCUUGUGGUUGACAAUCCAAGGACUAAUGCACUGGUUUAUUGUGAUUACAAUGAUUGUGGGACGGAGACACAAGUUUUCACCAAAGCUUACACCAGAGUUUACUUCUUUCUUUUCAAGAAUUGAUGGACCUUGGCUGAAAAAGGGUUUGUGUAACUUGAAUAUCAAUGGCUGAUGCUUUAUGAAGAGUGAAUACUAAUCAAAUGAUUGGUUUAAAGACAGUGCUCACAUGACUAGGCAGUUUGAUGUUGUAUAAAGCCUGUCAGCUUUGAUAAAGAGUCAGAGUAAAUUGAAUUAUACUUGUGUAUCAUAGGGCGAUAAAUAGUUUUAGGUAUCUAACUUCCUCUCUCUGUAAUGUUUUUUUUAACAGAUAUUGAUUCAAUUUUAAAGUAUUUGUAAAAUAAGUGAAUUUGAACAGAAUUUGAUGAGUUACUCCAUGAAAAGCAAUUACUUCAACCUUUUAUUAUUAACAGUAACAUCACCUAGAAAAAUUCAAAAUGACAAGGAUCAGUAACAAAGAAAUCACUCAACUGAAGCUCUUGUCUUAUCUAUUGUGUCAAAUUCAUUGCAAAGCGAGGAGUUGCUCUUUAGAUUCAUCUAAAUAUUUUAGUUCAAUUCAAUAAACUAUUAUCAAUCCUUCCUCAAAUUCUUAAAGAAAUUAGAAUGAAUACACUGUCUGUUAUAGAGAUCAUCAAAAUGGUACAAAUUCUAGGAUUAGAUCUAAGGUUUCUCUAAGGAAAACAAUGCUUUGGUUUCUCAUAUUAGUAAACACAGGAAUGAUGAGUACAAGAGGAUUUUUUUUUCUUUUCCAUUAUGAUACUUUUGGUAAUUUUUCUUCCCAUAAUCAUGUCAGUCAUGGCUCAUAAUAUCAGGUGUACAAAGUAGAGAUACAAUACAAUAUUGGUAUUCAUAAUUUCAUAUAGCACUCUUUACAAUGACUGUAUCACAGUGCUUUACAAAAUAGCAAUUUGAAAAUUAAAGAUUUAUAAGAGAUGCCAGUCUUCAGGCCACAAUAACUUCCCAUUUCAGGUAUGUUUAAGGUUUUAUGUUGUGGUCCUUCUGUUCAGACCAGUGAGUUCAAUUGACUGGCAUCCCUUACAGGGACUAAUCUGAGAUUUAAAGGGGAAUUUCACCCUGAAAAAAAUGACAUAUAAAAAUAACAGGGAAAAUAUAUAUUGGUAAAUUUUUAAGGAUAAUCCAUGAUCUAUCAAAGAUUUAAAAGUUAUUAACUUUUUAUUUUUCAUGUAUAGUUAAUUUAAAAAAAUCAAUUUAAUGUCAUUUUCUUUAAAAAAAUGAAAAUGUUAUUUAUUGUACCUUCAGUAUGAUUAACUGUCAUUUCACACCCACUUUUGAAAGAUUUCUUUACAUCAUGGAACAUUAAGAUUUGAAAUUCAUGCAUUUUAUAUUUACAUACCACAGUGGGGCAGCAUCCCGUAUAUGAAGUCACCAAUCAAAAAACUUAAAAUUCUAAUAACUUUCUUUGAUGGAUUUUCCUCAAAUUUUUCACCAAAUGUUUCUCUUUUUAAAAGGUAUUUUACAACAAACUUGUCCUCAGGGUUAACUUCCCCUUUCAAUCAACCAUUGAGUCAUUUUUAUUCAUUUAUACUUUAGAACAUACAGGAAAAAAACAUCAGCAGAAGCUGUAUUACAUCAUGGUGCUGUUUUUAUAUGGACUUUUAAAAUGUAGAAAUUAUCAAUACUGUUAUAUGAAAGGUAUAUUUUAUUAUUGGUAGCUAAAUAUGGAACAUAUCUCUAACAGUAUUUUUAUGAUUAUUUAGAUAUUCCAAUUUUUAAAGACUGAUAACUGAAUAGGUUCAUUAUCCAAUGGCAUUCACAUUCCAGUACAGGUAUAUGGUUUCUUUUAUAUCAAGAAAAGCCUUACAGCUAGAUCAAAUAACAACAAAAAGAUAGAAAUAGCACUUAAUUUUCAAACAACCAACUUAAAAUAAUUGGUCAUAUAUCUAGCAAUUUCCAAUGCAAAGUUGGUUGUAUUAAAAUGUAUAUGUGUACUUUUUUAUUAAAAGUAAUAAGCAAUAACAAAGCAACAUUGACUGGCCUCGGGGCGAUACGACAUAUAUCGCCCAAACAAGAUUUAUAUCGCCCGAGAUGUCUGAUUUGGUUAAUAAUAGCAAUAUUGACUGGCCUGGGGGCAAAAGGACAUACAUCGCCCUCACUAAAUUGAUAUCACCCUCGUCUACGACUCGGGCGAUAUAAAUCUAGUUUAGGCGAUAUAUGUCCUAUCGCCCCGAGACCAGUCAAUAUUGCUUUAAUGUUACUCUUUAUAGCCACUGCCAUUUUGUUUUGUGAAAUAUAUCCAUACUUUUCAGGUAUGUUUUUAUGUUCUUUCUUGCUAUGUAUUUUUAAUGUGAGUUUGUCGUGGUCUAGUGGAUACGGCUCCUGUCUUUCAAUCAGAGACGUGGCACGUUUUCCUUCAGCAAGAAAUUAAUGCACCAAGUGCCUUUAGCAGCUGGAGCUAGAUGUACAGCUGGAGUAAUAUAUACUGCGCCAUUGAAUAUGCAACUAGAUAAUCAGCACCUCAUAAAUGCUUUAUGUUGUCAUUGUUGUCGUCAUUAUUAUUGUUAUUAGUGUUAAUAUGUUUAAAUGUAACUGUUAAAUUGUAAAUAUUUUCUGAUUCCCCCUGAUCUAUGUAAAUAUGCUGUGCAUUCCAUUUUUAAAUUUCAUUUAUGUAAAUUGUAAAGAAUAACUUUUCUACAUGUAAAUUACAUUCCUUUGCAAUUUUUUCAAGAAUUUGUAAAUUUAUAAAUAUAUUUAUUGUCAUCUUAAA